AAGAGGAAGGAAAAAGCAUCAGCCAUGAAGUAAGAGCGUGUGUCCCUCCCAAAGCCGAAAAGCGGCGAAGAAGAACAAAACAAACCGAACAUUGCUUGUCUCCUCAAUCUCUCCAAAGUCCAAUUCAAACACUGCCACUCUUUUUAAGAUUCUUUUACAUCUUCCAUAACCUUAAUUUAUUAAACCCUCUAAUUUCUCUCUCUCUCUCUCACAUUCUUCACUUACCAAACUAACCCAACAUGGCUCUUCUUCACAAAAUCGUAUCUUUCACUCCAAAUCAUCAUUUUUUCAUCAACAAACGCCACCCCAUUUCUUCAAUCAACUCCAUAACUCCUUCUACUUCACCUUUCACUGAAAAACACUCAACAGAAAGAUACCAAAGAGACCAAUGGGUUUACCAGAACACUACUAGUACUACAUCAUGUAAUCACAACCCUUUUGGUGAUUCAAUUGGUUCAAUAAGAGAAGAUGAUAUAGCUUUACAGCUUCCUGAGCUGAAAAAGCUUGUUCAAGUAUUGAAGGAAAAGAGGGCAAGUGAAGGGAAAUGUAGUGAAGGGAAAUGUGUUCCUGGUGAUGUUUUUUUGGUUGGAACAGGACCUGGUGAUCCUGAAUUGUUGACUCUUAAAGCUGUUAGAGUUAUUAAAAGUGCUGAUUUGUUGUUGUAUGAUAGAUUGGUUUCUAAUGAUGUUUUGGAUUUGGUUUCUAAUGAUGCUAAACUUCUUUAUGUUGGAAAAACUGCUGGGUACCAUAGUAGAACUCAGGAGGAGAUACAUGAACUUCUUUUGAAUUUUGCAGAAGCUGGAGCUACUGUUGUGAGACUUAAAGGAGGUGAUCCAUUGGUCUUUGGGAGGGGUGGUGAAGAAAUGGAUUUUUUGCAACAGCAAGGUAUCCAUGUUAAAGUUAUUCCAGGUAUAACUGCAGCAUCUGGAAUAGCUGCAGAGCUAGGGAUUCCAUUAACUCACCGCGGUAUUGCAAAUAGCGUUAGAUUCCUCACAGGGCAUUCAAGGAAAGGAGGAACCGAUCCUUUAUUUGUAUCAGAAAAUGCAGCUGAUCCUGAUUCUACCUUGGUGGUUUAUAUGGGUCUGUCAACCUUCCCUUCCCUUUCGCAGAAGCUAAUGCAUCAUGGUUUGUCGCCUCAGACACCAGCUGUAGCCAUUGAGCGAGGGACCACAAUUCAACAGCGCACGGUGUUUGCAGAACUUAAGGACCUUCCAGAGAAAAUUGCAUCUACUGGGUUGGAGUCACCAACACUACUAAUAAUAGGAAAAGUUGUCGAGUUAUCACCAUUUUGGCCAAUUCCUACAAAACAAGAAUCAUGUUUAAUGCAAGCAUGAUGAGUUUUUUGUGAAACAUUAUUACUGCGAUGCUUGUGAAGAUGAAAGAUACCCUUUGCAUACAAAAGGGUUUAAGGUCCAUGUAAUUUGGUGUAUUUUCUGAUGUUUAAAGAAAAAAAUCAAGAACUUCUGCACUUGGAUUGCGGUUUCUAUUGAAUUGUUAGGUUUGCGCAGAAGUAUUUCGGAACAAAUUUUGAUUCAACAUGUUCUAGAUUGGGAAUAAAGUGAGAUGCACAGAUUUUACUCAUUUUUUGACCGAGGAACAAAAUAAUUCAAGUGUUGCUGAGGCCACAGUUACCUGCAUUUGUUGACUUUCCAUAGUGAUUAGAUGAAAACUUUAGCCAUAAGCUAUUUAGGAUCAUAUUUAACAGAGAAAUAUGGAGUUUAGUUUGAAUAUUUGACUUCAUAGUUCAAUUUAUCAAUGUUGUUACGUGCUAGUUAGAAUUCGAAGAUGCUCCUUCUUUCGACAUUCAUUUGGUAUUGUCACUAGCUAGUUGAGCAUAUUGUAAUGAUUUCAAAUUGUGAUUGCAGUUGAACAUGUAAUUACUGUCAUCAAUUCACUUUGUGGAACUUAUGGUAUGUAGAAUUUCAA